AUGGAGAGUGAGGAGGCAAACCUUAUCGGGGACGGAACUAGGGCACACUCUCUCCCUACAAUCAAAGGGAGACACAAGGAUCUGAAGUCGGUGUCUCCCCUCACAGUCAGUCAACUACUGGCAGGGAAAUACAAUGACGUCAUUUCCGGAUACCAAAUUAUUGAUUGUCGUUAUCCGUAUGAGUACGAAGGAGGACACAUUGAGGGAGCGCUAAACCUUCACACCGAGGCUCUCAUAACGGAUGUAAUCACCGCUCAACGAGGGAGUGUGUCCACUGAAAGGAAUGUCCUCAUAUUCCACUGCGAGUUCUCGUCGGAGAGGGGACCUAAACUACUACGUCAUUUGAGAAGAAUGGACCGGAAGUUAAACAGCGACCGCUACCCGUUCCUCUUCUACCCGGAAGUGUACCUGCUGGAUGGCGGGUACAAGGCCUUCUAUGAACAACAUCAGAAUCACUGCGAGCCUCAAACGUACCUGCCUAUGGUGCACGAAUCCUAUUCUCAGCAAUUACGUCACUUCCGGAUGAAGUCAAAGUCGUGGACAGCAGGCGAGAAACAAAGCAUGCGCAGUAGACGCCUUGACGGAUCCCCCAUCAAAUGCCAGUGGUAGCCGGGGACAUUUGUUACGUGUUAUUUGUUUUUACAAGCGCCUGUGAUAUGACUCUUGUUGUUGUUGCCUUUGGGUACAGUGUAUUUAUUGAAGUAAGACUAUCCCUGACGUGGGCUAUUUCUGUUUUCUAUGGUAUUUAUAACGUUUGUCAUAACUCAUUCGAUCUACUCUUGUACUCAGGUCUGCACUUGUAAUGACUUGAGUUCAAAUCCAACCAGAAUUGUUCAUCAUGUAUCGAGACGGGGACAUGGGGGUGUGAUCGGCGAUUUAUACAAUAACUGCUUUAAAUGAAGGGAACUUUCAGUCUGUUCUUGAGCAUCAUUCCAUCAUUCUCAUGAAAUAUGUUUAAUGUUCAUGUAGCCAUUUUGCAUUGGUAUUAUGCAUAUUCUCAGCAUGCAUGCAUGCACACACACACACACACACACACACACACACACACAC